AUGCGCCGCCAUUUGCGCAACCACAAUGGAGAUCGCGCGUUUGCCUGCUCACACUGUGGCUUGACAUUUGUUCGUCGAGAAGUCUGGAAGCGUCAUGAGGCCCUUCACGUCAACCCCCAAUCGACACGACCUCGAAUCAAGCCUGUCCAUCGGCAAGAUUCAGCAGCGACCUCGCAAAGCACGGUCCUGGCAACUCCAGUUACGCAGAUCCGGGAGAUUCACGAGGUCAUGGGCGAGCCGUCGUCCUCCAAAUCGGCGGCUCCCCCGAUGAGCAGCGACGACCCACAAAGUGAGCCAGAACGCUCGUUCCGCGCACCACAGCUAUCGAUGCCGUUCGCAUCUUCCUCCUCGAACGGACACGCUGCACAGAACCAGAUGGUGCAACCAUGGCAAGUCUCCAGCGAGGCGGCGUUCAGUCCCAUGGCCAUGACGUCAACCAACGCUCUGUUUCCCGACCUUGGUAUCGAGUCUUGGCUCGACCAGAUCCUCACCGAUCAGGCAGCGUUCACAGCUGUCAUGGCCCCGCAAACAUCUCCCCAGCAGUCGAUGCAGUCGUUCUUCUGGGAGCAGACCUCGUCCGGCCCCUCAUCGCAAGACGCCGCCGGCUGUGUACGCCUCCGGGAAUGGCUCACAGACAAGGGCGGUAGACAGGAAGCCAGCCAGCUCGACGCAGAGAGGUUUACUCGCUGCUUUGGUGCAUACUGGAACCACGUCGACCAACAGUACCCAAUCAUCCACCGACCCACGUUCGCGACUGCCGACUGUCCCCCCGCACUCCUUCUGGCUAUGGUGCUCGUUGGAGCCACGGUGACGGCUGUGGAGGACGACUUUAAAUGGGCAGACUCAACUUUUCCGCUUGCCCGUGGACUGGUCACUUGUGCUGGCUUCCGUGAUCCCCGAGACCAGGUGCACUUGCUUCAGGCCAUGGUGAUUGCAAGCCUGGCUGGCCAUGCCAUGGGCCAAGAGGCUCAGGACCACGCACACGCGCUCGUCAGUACGGCUCUGACACUUUCUCGACGAGCCAAUCUCUACGAGGACCGUGGCCGUGCCAACUCUGGGAGGGCUAGAGAGGGCGACCUCGAGACGCAGUGGAAGCAGUGGAUUCUGGACGAGUCGACCAGACGCGUCGGGUGGGUCAUCCUCAUCCGCGACAUUGAGUAUGCGAGCUUUUUCCAACAGCUGCCCAGUCGCGCGUCCUCGCCCUUCAAGCUCCCGGUGGACCUCCCGUGCCCCGAGUCCUGCUGGGACGCACCAACCGCCGACGCGUGGUCGCACGCGGUUGUACCAGGCGAGACGCUGGCGGUAGCCCUCAAAAAGGUGAUCCAGGCUGCGAUGGGCUCGAGCUUUCGCCUCCCUGCCUACACCGAGUUUGCCCAGCUCGUCCUCACAUACGGCCUGUGCGCACUCGGGUGGGACGUCAACAGGCGCGACCUCAUCGCGCCUGAGAUUUCCAAGUCUGGUCCUACCAGCUUGAAUGGCUUCCUCCUCCGGGCGUUCACAAACUGGGUCAUUCACCCAACGUACCCGCCACCCCGCAGCCGCAAGCAAGAAUGCCUGCAAGGGUCGAUUCAGGACGCGGCGUUGCUCGGUGCGCUGGAACUCCACCUCAACACGUUGCACCUCCAAGUGUUUGUCGGUGUCACCGAGAUCGGGACACUCCAGCCCGUUCGACCUACAGACUGGGUCGAGGCCAGCAAGGUCAUGCGAAAGUGGGCGUCCUCGGACGACAGCGGCGCGGCCGUGGCGCUGUCUGCUCAGUACCUCGCGACAGUAAUCAAGGCUGAAGGAGUCAUGACGCUGAACAGGGCUUGGGCAGUCUACUGCGCUUUCCUUGUGUGCUGGUCCUUUUACGUCAUGUUGAGGACACCGCCACGACCGCGCGAUAGGUCCACAAUCCCUACCAAGAACGACGCUCUCCGCUGUUGUGACGCACUCGAGACAUGGGCACGAGACAGGGAAGAUGAGCCCUCGCCAGCGCAGAUGCGUGCGCUGAGUACCCAAGUGGUGAUGCUGCUGUCGUCUCGACAGGAGGUGAUGGUCAAGGCGGCGUGUAUGCUCGUAGAUCGCAAUGCUGUAGGAUAG